AUGCAGUAUGGGAACAGAGACAGGUUUGCUGAGAGGCAUGCUCCACGGCCAGGACGGGGAACAACAUGCAUACUGGAACCUGGUCAGGCUGACUUGGGCGAUCAUAAGAUCCCCAAGGCACAAGACGACAGAGGGGACGACAUUGGGGCUGGUCCCCAGGUCGAGAGUUUGGAGGAUGUGAAGAGAGACUUCAACGCUAUUCUCCGGGAUGGCCAACCAGACCAGGUGAUGGAUGCGAUGCUUGAUCCUCGCUUUGAGAACUUAGUUUGCUUGAUGCCACAAAGCACCUUUGUUGAAGUCUUUCAUCUCCUCUCUCCGGCUUACUUUAUUGAUCCUUAUCGGGAAAUCCAUCGUCCCCUUCAUCCGUCGGCUGUCGAUGUCAAGCAGUACAAAUCAUUGGAAUCGAUUUUUGACGAGUUUGCCAAUAACCUGUCUGCCAUCCUGCAGAUCAGGUGGGCGGGCGGCCAGCCCUUGGGCUUGGCUGAGUACACGCACCUGCUUGAUUGCGCACGCUCAAUGGGCGACGCUAUCAUGGCAGACUAUAUCUGGCAUACAAUUAGGGAGGAUGGAAUGGUGCCGGAUUCCCAGUGCUAUAACUACUACAUGGAAGCGAAAGUCUGGGAUAAAGCAUACACCGGCUUGGAGAAGUAUCGCCUCAGAAUGACCCCUUACCUGUAUCGGAAGAGGAGAUUCUUCGAACCCAACCCCGGAUGGCAAGGUUACGGUACUGCCGCCCGGAGAGGGAACCUCGGGGGACACGACUACCUUUGUCAAUGUGAUCCUUGCGUCAAGCCGAGUUGGCCAUAUGCAAGGAAUCAAGAAUGUCCUGCACACCGUCNGAACAUUGACGUUGAUGCGCUGCUAGAACAGGUCGAUGAGUCGAUGCUCCCGGAGGUGACCCCAUACGACCGUUCCUCACCGCUGUACCCCACAAGCCAUCUGCUGUUCGCCGUGGCGCAUGCCUUCGGCACCAACAAUGACAUCCCUGCCGCUCUGCGCACCAUAGAUUUUAUUUCGAGCAGAUACGACAUCCCGGUGCCGGAGAAUGUCUGGCUCGAGCUAUUUGAGCGAUCGUUCGUUUUGUCUCGUCCGAGGUUUGGCCCUGACGCUGAAAGGGACGCAAAGGGCCAGGUUUCAUAUGACUUCCUCAACUCCAUGUUCGAAACGAUGACAGCCGAGCCUUUCAACGUGCGUCCAACAAUCGAGGUGCACCAUAUUCUCGCCAAGACUGCGUGGGAUCGCGCCAGGCUGUCAGAAUUCAAGCACCAUAUGGAAGCUGCGUAUGACCUUUUAAGGGAGACAAGAAAGAAGAGGAGAACUGCAAGGUCGAUCAUAGAAGCAUAUCUGGGGCAGCCACAAACGCAGAUUCUGAGAUCGCGAGCCUUUGCAGAUGCUGUGCACGCGUAUGACAUUCUGCGCCUGCGCACUAUGCAGCAAACCGUUAUCAUGGAGCGUCUUGCAAGGCUUUUACUAAUUCACCGCCGCUGGGUGGGUAGUCAGAACCAAGUGUGGGAACGAAGCCUUCUACCGCAGGCGCUGGAAGAAUGGCGAGACUUUUUGCCAGAGUCCGUGGUAUACCAUACCCGAGGAGGCCUCGUCGAAUUUGAAGGUGCCACCUCUUGGCGCCAGCGUAAUAUAAGAACCCAUGAUAGAGUACCAGUCCGGCGGCCAGCGUUGGGAACAAAUAUCGAGCUUGACGACGACGCGAACGAUAUUGAUGACGACAUUUUCUGGGAUUAUUAUCGACAAUCUGCCCCACACCUUGAUCUGUCCAUUCCGCCUCUGAGAAGGCUUUUCGAGGCUGUCCAAGAAGACAAUGUCAGUAGCACUUACGACGACGAAGCUUUCCUGGCCGAAGAGCUGGAAUAUGAAGCCGGCGAGCUUGAGAUCCCUAGGGUUAGGAGAGCUGCGAGGACGCCCAGACAGCGCGCGACCACUAGGGAGCACCAAGCAGGAGAAGCCGAUGAACCCAUAACCACAGGUCCAGGUCCUCUCUUGUGGGCUUGA